AUGGCCACUAAAAUUCAAACCACCUAUGAUGAAGCAAGGGUCUGUGAAGAGAAGGUGGUGGACACAGCAAGAGCAACAGAAGUGAUGUUUAGGGCAACCCAUGAGAACUUGAUUUUGGAUGAUGAUUAUUACCUCGUCGUCUCCGAAUGUGUUCAUGCUAUGAAGAACAGGUUCUUGGAGAGGUCACCCUAUAUGACACAUUACACAGACCAUAUGUUACAGAUGGAGCAGGAACGGGAAAUGGGAUUGGCAACUCUAGUAAAAGGGGAAUUCAAGAAGAAGUUGGGAAAAAUGGUCAAGGAGCAGGAGAAGAUAAGGGCAGAGCUCAAGGAGAGAGUAGUGGCUCAAGGUGCAUUGGUGCACAAGGUAGUUGAGGAAUCCAAGUUAACAGAUUUGGUAUCGGAGGAAGCUGUUAGACACUGA